CCCCGCGCGCGCGCGGCGCCUCCCCCGUGAGGGAGGCGAGAAAAUGGCGGCGGCGGCGGCGGCGCCUUGAGCGGCGCGUCCCAGGCUGGACGGGCGCUGCACAGCGAUGGAGAAUGAACCAAACACAACAACAUGUUCUGCACCUACAACGACUGUCGCCACCACCUCCACCUCCCGGACUGCGCUCCCACAGAUCUCCGUCUACAGCGGCUCCGACAGACAUGCUGUCCAGGUUAUUCAGCAGGCCUUGCAUCGUCCUCCUAGCUCAGCUGCUCAGUACCUCCAGCAGAUGUAUGCAGCCCAACAGCAGCAUCUAAUGCUGCAGACUGCUGCUCUGCAGCAGCAGCACUUAAGCAGUACCCAAUUUCAGAGUCUGGCAACUGUUCCACAGGCAAGCCUGUCAGGUGGGAGGCAAUGUACUUCCCCCCCUGGGAGUGUCACUCAGCAGUCAAGCAUGUCGCAGACCUCGAUUAACCUCUCCACCUCUCCCACACCUGCACAGAUAAUAAGCCGUUCUCAGACCUCCAACACCACCAGCAGCAGCAUCACCCAGCAGACGAUGUUGCUGGGCAGCACCUCUCCCACCCUGAGUGCAAGCCAGGCUCAAAUGUACCUACGAGCUCAGAUGCUUAUUUUUACUCCUGCGACCACUGUGGCUGCUGUCCAGUCUGACAUUCCUGUUGUCUCAUCAUCCUCCUCAUCUUCCUGUCAGUCUGCAGCUACUCAGGUUCAGAACUUGACGUUGCGCAGUCAGAAGCUGGGUGUGCUGUCAAGUUCCCAGAAUGGCCCACCAAAGAGCAGCAGUCAAACCCAGUCAUUGUCCCUGUGCCCGAAUAAACCUGUCACCAUUUCCAAGGGCAGCCAACCAGAUCCCUCAGAAAGCAAUAGGAAAGGCGAGAGCCCAACCCCGGAGUGCCGGAGCACGCCGGUCACACGGACAUCCAGCAUACACCACUUAAUAACACCAGCUUCAUAUUCUCCAUUGCAACCUCAUUCUCUAGUAAAGCAUCAGCAGAUCCCACUUCAUUCACCACCUCCAAAGAUUUCCCAUCAUCAGCUGAUAUUGCAGCAGCAGCAGCAAGUCCAGCCGAUCGCACUCCAGACUCCUUCGGGCCAGGAGCCGCCUCCAUCCCAGCACUGUCUGCCCCUCCCGAGCCACGGGCUUCCUCCGGCUCCCAGCAGUGUCCCGUCCCACUGCUCGCCGAUCCACAUCCAUCCUCCGCCUCUGACGCUCUCUCCCAGCCCAUCCCAGUCAGCGCAGCAGUCGGUGGUGGUGUCCCCUCCGCCGUCGCACUCCCCGAGUCAGUCCCCCACCAUAAUUAUUCACCCCCAAGCCCUUAUCCAGUCCCAGGCGAACUCCCUGGUGCCGGCGGCGCUGCAGCCGGAGCCGGCGGCUCCUCCGCCCGCUCCCAGCACCCCGGUGCGCCCGGUGGCGCAGCCGCUCAACCUCCCGCCGCACCUCCCGCUGCCGCCCUCGCCCGCCGUGCACAUCGGGGCGGUGGAGCAGCCCGGCCUGGUGUCCCCGGGACAGCAGCUCGUGCCCUCCACGCCACACCAGCAAUAUCCCGCCCUGCAGUCCGCUCCCAUCCCUCUGGCUGCUCCUCCCCAGCUCUCGGCAUCGUCCACCCAGAUUCAGCCGCUGCCCUUGCAGUCUGUGCAGUCUUUACAAGUGCAGCCUGAAAUUCUGUCCCAGGGGCAGGUUUUGGUUCAAAACACUUUGGUUUCUGAGGAAGAACUUCCUGCUGCAGAAGCUCUGGUCCAGCUGCCAUUUCAAACUCUUCCACCACCACAGACUGUCGCAGUAAAUCUGCAGGUCCAGCCAUCGGUUCCCAUUGAAACUCCAGUGAUUUACCAAGUGGAGAAUGUGUGUGAAGAAGAGAUGCCCGAGGACUCGGAUUGUGUGCACAUGGCGAGGACACCUACACCACCCACCUUGUCUCCACCAGCCAUAACCUUGGGGAAUGGAGAGGCCCUUAAUUCAGAUGAUCCUUUGUCAGAACAUGGGGGACUGCCUUCAGUGACAUCAUCAGUCAGUGCCUCAGUAAUUAAAUCUCCAUCUGAUCCUUCACAUGCCUCUAUUCCACCACCACCUCUUUUGCUUCCAGCAGCAACAACAAGGAGCAACAGCACCUCAAUGCCCAACAGCAUUCCUAGCCUAGAAAAUAAACCUCCACAGGCUAUUGUUAAACCCCAGAUCCUGACCCAUGUCAUCGAAGGCUUUGUGAUUCAGGAGGGGUUGGAGCCAUUCCCUGUCAGUCGUUCAUCUUUGCUGGUGGAACAGCCUGCAGAAAAAAGGUUGCUGGUGGAGGGUCAGAUCAUGAGUGUUGUGUGUGUGGAGUCAGACUUGCAGAACACGAAACAUGCAGACAACUCAUCGGACACAGAGAUCGAGGAUAUGAUUGCAGAAGAGGGACUGGAUGAAAUCGAAAAUGAACUUCUGAAGUGUGAAUUUUGUGGGAAAAUGGGAUAUCCCAAUAAGUUUCUACGAUCAAAAAGAUUCUGCUCCACAUCCUGUGCCAAAAGGCACAGCCUUAGUUGCACUAAGAAAUUUGGGCUGUUUACAUCAGACAAGACCAGUCGUUGGAAUCGGAAGUCAGAUAGCCAAAGUCUUGGGCGACGCGGGCGUCGGCCGAGCGGCCCUGAGGGGGCGUCACGAGAGCAUUUUCUUAGACAGCUUCCAAUUACUUAUCCAUCUGCAGAAGAGGAGCUGGCUCCUCACGAAGACGCUGUUCCAACGGCCAUGACCACGCGGCUGCGGAGGCAGAGUGAGAGGGAGAGGGAACGGGAGCUGAGGGAGCUGAGGAUCCGGAAAAUGCCAGAGAGCAUCGACCUGUUGCCAGUGGUGCAAACUGACCCCUCAGUGUGGACUGUGGAUGAAGUUUGGGCCUUUAUCCAUUCUUUGCCUGGUUGUCAAGAUAUUGCAGAUGAAUUUAGAGCACAAGAAAUUGAUGGACAAGCUCUCCUUUUGUUGAAGGAGGAUCACCUAAUGAGUGCAAUGAAUAUUAAGCUUGGACCUGCAUUGAAAAUCUGUGCACGUAUCAAUUCCUUGAAGGAAUCCUAGGAGGUGAACACGAAGGUUUAAACAACAGUUUCUCAGUGACAGAACUGACAGUAAUAUGCCAACAUCUUCACUGUGGCAUGAGUGUUACUGUGAUGUUUUGUUAAAUUGAUGGGGUUUUCCCCACAUAAAGACUUAAAAACGUUCCUUUGAUUAUACCAAGUAGUCCUCUGUAGUUUCCAACAACUAAUAGGUUCAUGGUAAAGCCUGAGUAAUAUUUUGAGUUGAAGUUUUUCAUGUAAAAACAUGGAGUGAAAUACGCUGUGAUAGGUUAAAUAUUCCCCAUCAUGUACUUCAUCUUAUGAGUUUAAGGUUAACACCCCAGCCCCCACCCCAAUCUAAACACCUUUUAGAUUGUGUUGCUGUAAUCUGAAAGAUUUUUUUCCCACAUACAGCAGUGUUUGGACUGAACUGACAGAAGUGUCCACAGGCCCUGUGGAAGCACUAGUACCAGUAAAAUGCUAUGCAUUUAGUUGUGCUCUCUGAGUUUCUUUUAGUCUUGAGCUAAUUGUUUGUAAGGGGUAGGUUGGCAGCUGGCUUACCCUCAUCUCUGCCACUAUAGUAUUUUCUUGAAGUCUGUAAAAUACUAUAAACCUUAGAGAUGUCCCAUCAAAAUCCUCAUGAUCAGGCUACUGACACUCCUGCCAGAGGUAACUGAAGCACAUGUUACUUUACUCUUUGAAUGCUGCUAUGCACUAAGGGGGCAUUAAGUGUUAGGUUUGUAGUUUCACAUGCUGCUAGUUAAGCUAGACCAGCAGUUCUCAAAUGGGAGAUCAGAGUGGGCCCUGAGGAGGUGUGUGAGCCCUCAGAGUUGAGGUUCCCAAAUGCCUGGGUGUGAGGGGCUGAACGCUGCAGCCAGAAACAGUGUUGAGACAAGUUACUGGAGAGGCUGGAGGUAGAGAAGGGACAGCAUAGCUCAGAUGUUCUUUUAACUGAUACCUCUUCUGACAUGUCUUUCCCUGUAGUGCAUUCCCAUUGGCCCACUGGAAGCUCCCAAGCACCUUUGUUUGUCCCCUGGCCGGUGUGAGCUGGGCUUGCAGGACUCUGAGGAAGGAGCACAGGGCAUUGCUCCAUGAGGCCCCUUCAGAGCUCACUGUAGGAGCAGCUGCUGCUGGCAUGAGGGAGCCCAGAGCUGUGGGUCAGCAGAAGGAAUACCAACACUUGGCAGCUCUAGGAGAAAUCUCCAGGGGCCCUGCUUUGUCCCUCUGGCAGGAGAUUUUGUCUUGGAUGCUGCAGAUUUAGGCAGUGGGAUUUUAGUGUCUCCCACCAUUUUCCUUCUCACGCUCUUUGUGGAACAAACACGUGUUUCCCCAGUUUCUGAUGCUCUUGGGAGCUGCCUGAGCUCUGAGGCAGCAGCACCUUCUUGGCCUUUGCUUCUCCAUCACCUGUGCACGGAUGUUCAUGGAUGUAUUUUGUACCUUCUGUGCCCUCCCUUUUGCAGCUCCACUCCCCUUGUGUACAGACCUGGAUCCCUAAACUCUUGUGUAGGGAAAGAAGGGUACGUGUGCUGGUAGUUGUUGUGUAUAUUUGAAUUAAAUAUGUGUACUUGUCUGCAAAUAAUGUAUUUUGUAUUUUAUGCAAAUUAAUGCAUUAUAUGUGAUUGUGUAAGGAGGUAUUCGGGAGGACUGUAAAGUAUUCCUGCAAAAAGAGGAACUGACCUGAAGUUUGAGAACUGCUGCCCUAGAUCAAAAGGAAUCAAUGCACAUACACUGGCUGAAAGGCAGGUUUGUGUAUUAUUAUGUAUAAUAUUUAACUGAUGACUUUAAAGAGUAAAUUGGGAUUACAGAAAAAUCUGUGCUUCAUUUUCCUUUAAUUAGACCAUUACUUUGUUUCCACUAACAGACUUUCUAUCUAAUCUUCUGGAGAUCAACAUUAGAACAAUUGUUUUUAAUUACAACUGUUUGAGCUUAUUAAUAGCAGAUAUCAUCAAUAUUUUUAUUAACCACUGAAGCUCCAAGUUAGGACAACCCAUUGCUGUUACACAUUGGUAUGUGGUGAGAGCCCUUGUCCAAGUGUCACCAAAGGCUUUAGAGAAGGAAUUGAUGCCUGGGUUUAUUUUGGAGAGAAGUUGCUAAGCACUUUCUAAUUUGUUUUUUCUGUCUUCGAUUACUGUUGUAAAAUAAACUUCUUAGUUGAAGGUCCAGCAUUUGGCAAUGUUCAUCUGAAAGAUGUUCAAAUGAUGGAGACAGUGUGUUCCCAUUUGUAGCAUUUCUGUAAGAUACACAGUGUAGCAUAUCUGUAACAUAUGUUCUAAAGGAUAUGUUCUGUUUUGAUGAGCUAAUUGAAGACUAAAGAUAUCUUAGAUAUUUAUCCUUUGGCUUUUGUCUAAAAGUUUUAUUAUUUUUAUACGGAAAGUUCACUGGCUAAUUUUUAAUCUGUCUUCUGAUUGUACUGUUCUUAGGCAAUGUAAAAAGUAGGGCUGCAUAAGUGUGGUUUGAUAAUGGCUUAAGGCAUAUUAGAAAACGUGGACUUAGGAGUCUUAUUUAGACCUGCAGUUAAUCAGUGUUACAUGCAUGAGAAUUUCAUGGCUGUUUUAAUUUUGCUUUAUUAGGCAGCUUUCAGGAGAGCUCCUCCAGCUUGUGUUUGUCCAACUCACUGCCAGGUGCCAGGAGCUCAGAGCAGACCCCAGAAAGGCACAUCUGUUCCUGUUCUUCUGCUGCGUGACAUUCCCUGUGGGUUUGGGAGAGCCACAGAUAGUGAGUUGUGCUUUAAAUAUUUUUGAAUGCAGCAGCUAAGAAUGUGGGCCUUUUGCAGAUUGGAAGUUUUUUCUCCCUCACUUAUUUUGGUAUUAAACUGGAACUUAAAAGCAGAGACAGCUGUACCAACCUGUGCUGGUAGAACUGCACUCCUGUGGGAGUGUUUGCCAGCAUAGCUGUGUCAAUAAAAUCAGAUUUAAAAAAAAAAAGGCACACUUGUAUGUGAAAAUAGGCUGGAAAAUUUCCAA